CUCUCCCAAUCCCACAAUCGGGCGAAAUCUUCCUUGGAUUCUCUCAGAGGGAAGAAAUCAGCGGCUCUAGGAAUGGAGCAGCAGCAGAAACAGAAGAUUUCCCAAAUUCAGGAGGAAUCCACAAAUCUUCAGAGCCACAUCACAUCCGAAUUUUCCCAAAUGCACCAGAUGCUGACUGAGAAAGAGCAGAGUUUACUCCGAGAUCUCAGGGAACAAGAGGAAAACAUUCUCAAACCAAUGGAGCAACAUCUUCAAGAAAUUCAAGAGAAUUUAAAGUCUAUUCAGCAGAAACUCUCAAAAUUGGAGAAACGGCUGGAACACACAGACGGAGUGAUAUUUCUGAAGGUGAGUUUUUUUAAAAAAUCAAGGCAUGAG